UUCCCCUGAAUUUUGUGACGACAUAACAUCUUUGAAGUGAACGUUCAGUGUUUGGUCCGUCAUCUCUCAAAAUAGUGUGGUGGAAGCAAACCAGCCAAGUUUGGAUUGCUUUUUUUUAUUCUUUUUUACGGGGGAACAUCCCCUAAAGCAACAACAACAACACAAAAACAAUUUGAUUUCUGCUGUUUUCACAAGGAACAACUUUAUUCUUCAUUCCUCACACCUUAACACACCAUUAUUCCCUGCCACACAGUUUUUUGGGUCGUCAUCGUCGUUAAUGUUGUCAUAGCCGCUUCAUUUUAUUUGUUUUUUCCUUUUUAAAUUAUUUAUCUUGUUCUCCCAUAAGCAUGUAAUUCAAUAUAAGAACUACUCCAUUCCAAAACACCACCAAAAUGACCAACCAGGAAAUCAAGUUACCUCCAAGAUGGCUCCGUUGCCCACGGAGAGGAAAACCUAUUGUUGGAAAAUUUUUACCUUUCAAAACUCCACUGGACUCAAGAUACAAUGGUCUCGUUGCUGAUGAGUUCAAGUUUGAUGUUGGUCUCCUAUUUGGUUCUCUCAAGCAUUACAAUAUGAAAAUAGGAAUGUGGAUUGAUUUGACUAACACGGACCGAUUCUAUGAAAGCUCUUCAAUUGAGAAGGAAGAUUGUAAAUAUUUAAAAUUAAAAUGCCGCGGUCAUGGAGAAGCACCAUCCGAAGAUCAAACCAAGGUUUUUAUUGAAAUGGCCUCCAAAUAUUUUACCUCUCACCCCACAGAUGUCAUUGGUGUUCAUUGUACACAUGGCUUCAACAGAACUGGUUUUCUUAUUGUUGCCUACCUUGUUGAAAAAGAGUCCUGGAGUGUUGAUGCUGCUAUACAGGAGUUUGCUAAAUGCCGUCCUCCCGGAAUAUACAAACAGCAUUAUAUCAAUGAUUUAUUUCACCGUUAUGGAGAUAAAGAAGACAUAAUCUCUGCUCCUAUUCUACCUGAUUGGUGUCAGGAGUUCGAUGACUCAGUAAAAGAUAAUGAUGACAUAGAAGAAGCCAACGGUGACCCCAGUCAUGGCACACAGGCAUCAAUGCCAACCAGUGCACCAGGGAGGCACAAGAAGGAAUUCUUCAAAAAGAAUGCCCAGUUCAUGGAAGGUGUAAGAGGAGUAUAUGCUGUUGAAGACCAGUCCCUUCUGUCCAGCAUACAGCGCAAAUGCCAAGACAUGUGUGGAUGGAAGUUUUCUGGGUUUCCUGGCUCCCAACCAGUGUCAAUGGACAUAAACAAUCUCAUCUACCUCAAGCAGAAACCAUACAAAGUUAGCUGGAAAGCUGAUGGAACAAGGUACAUGGCCCUAAUAAAUGGCCCUGACAACGUCUACAUGAUCGACCGUGACAACGCUGUGUUCCAUGUACCCAAUUUAUUGUUCCCAUCCCGGAAGAUUCCAUCAGAACAUCUCACAGAAACUCUUCUAGAUGGUGAGAUGAUCCUUGACAAAGUCAACGAUAAAGUGGUACCAAGAUAUUUAGUCUAUGAUAUCGUCAAAUUUAUGGGUAAAGAUGUUGGCGGCACCGACUUUGAGCGCCGGCUUCUGUGUAUCAAGAAGGAGAUUAUUGAACCAAGACAUUCACGGAUGAUUGAGGGGCUUCUCGACAAAACUAAAGAACCGUUCAGCGUACGAGCUAAAGAUUUCUGGGAUAUCAGCAUCUCAAGAAAGUUACUGGAUGGUAAAUUUACAAGUGAAGUUAGCCAUGAAGUUGAUGGCCUCAUCUUCCAGCCAGCUGGUGAGAGAUAUGUAUGUGGCCGUAAUCCCAAUGUUCUCAAAUGGAAACCAGCAACCAUGAAUUCUGUUGAUUUCCGACUUGAUAUUCGUAAAGUAGAAAAACAAGGAAUGUUACCCGAAACAAAAGGUUACCUGUUUGUUGGACACCAAGACAAUCCAUUUGCAGAAAUGAAGGUGAACAGAGAAAUGAAAGAACUCAAUAACAAAAUUAUUGAAUGUACAUGGGAUGAUGAAAAAUCUUGUUGGAAGUUUCUACGGCAACGAACUGACAAAUCUUUCCCCAAUAGCUAUGAUACAGCUUUGGGUGUGUGUAACAGCAUCAGGCAUCCUGUUACCAAAGAGAUUCUUCUGGACAUUGUGGAGCGGAAGAGGCCAAUGCCACCAAUGGGCAGUGGCGGUGGUGGCGGCAGCCGGGACCAGGAAUUAAUGCCGCCUCCUUCCAAGAAACGAGCGACAUUUUGCUAACAACUCCCUUCCCAACACCAACCAACAGUUUACUCAACCAUCCACCCAUCCACUCAUUCAAUCCAUCCCCAAACAUCUCCUCCCUUCAGUAUAGGCAGGCCCUUCUCUUUGUCUCUCUCUCUCUCUCUCUCCCCACUUCUCCUUUUAUUUUAAAAGAUUUUUAGAGUUUUAAUAAUUUCAGGCCUAUAUCAUCAUCAUCAUCACCACCACCACCAUCAUCACAU